CGGCACCAAAAAAAUGGAAACUGGUUUCUUGAGUGACUUUUCCCAUGUUUGGCCUAGUAGCGUUGAAGUAUUGGACAGGACAGUCAGUAGUCAUGGCACAGAGGGUAAAGCCAGUGAGUGGAGCGAACAAAACUCAUGUCAAUGAUACAAACUCUUCUAGCCAGUCAUUUCGUCCAGGUUAAACUUUUGAGAACGAAUCACCGAAAGCAACGUCAUUGUUUCAUUAGUGCCGUCAUUACCUGCCCCAGGUGUGCCGGGCUCUGCGUUAGGGAGGUGCGUAGUUGAAUGGCGGGCGUUCAACCAGCCAGCAAAGCGCCGCUGCUACCGUCAAAACUGAGUAGUUAGGGCCUACGCUAACAGUUGGUACAAAAAAAGCAGCACUUACCGUCACACACAAUGUCUGAAAAGGCUCCUCUUCUACAUUACCGACUCUCAGCCGGCAACAUUCUGGACCCGGACAAUGCGCCCAAACACGGCCAAACCAAGGCGGGAAGCAGCACACCGUCUAAAGACAAAAACACCCGGAAGCUCGGAGUGGUGUUUGGCGUGGUGGUACCGACUCUGCUGUCCAUGUUUAGCGUGGUCGUUUUCUUGCGCAUUGGUAAGUAAGGGUUGGGAGUUCGCGCGUAAUUUUUGCGCCAAAGAUAUCACAAAGGGUUAGUUACCUCACCCUCAAAAGACACCACAGGAGAGCAGGCGUCUUUUCAGAUUGUUUUUAGACUAAUUUUCUCUGGUAUAUUGUAUUGUUCUUAUAAGCUACAUAAUUCUUUAAAUUCCUUUGUCAAUUGCUGAUGUCUUUCCACCAAAGUUUGAUUGUGCCCAGUCUGACAACUGCUCACAGUUUCAAGUAGUUCAAUCCACAGGGAUCAAGAAACACGAGAAAAGCAAAUGGCCCAGAUUUCAUAACCUGAAAGUGGCAAAUGUGUGACUGUCACUUGAUAAUCAUUUGAAAUGUAUGGUGUUUGAAAACUUUCAAUCAAUUUGACCCUUCUGUAUUUGAUUGUACUUUCACCCUUAGGAGAUCAUGAUGUGAAAAACCAAGCGAUAUUUACCUGCACAACAUUGUCUUCGUCUGACAGAAAAACUCAAUGUCUUCUUAAACUCACUUAACCCUGUUUACUGGGAUGUUUUACUAACUGUUACCUAUUAUUUCAAUGGUUUGAUUUCAGUUUGAUUGAAUGGUUUUCAAUAGAUAAACACUUCAACUUAUUUUGGUAAGUGCUGUAUAAAUACAAUUAUUUAGCUAUUAUUUCCAUUCCUGAAAAUACUACUAAAUAACCUGAGUUUGUUUGGUUAAUAAGUGAUACUAAUGCGUUGAUUUCAGUUGCUGCUCAUAUGAAAAAGUCUGUGAUUCCUUUGGUCAAGCCUGUUUUUAUUGUUUGCAGGGGUGUCAUGAUAAAACUCAGCAGUUCUUUAGCAUUGAAAAGGUUCUAAAUACGGCUGUUAUCUAAACAAUGAAAAAUGCUGAAAUGAAACACACUUGUGUAUGUUACUCUCUGACACAAUUUACCUGACCUGCCAAAACAUCACGAACUCCUCGGAUAGCUAUUUUAACACAACGCAACAGCCCAGUUUCAACUUCUGUUGUCAGUGACAACCAGGUGAUAAAUGUGUUAAUAAUGAUGUUCUGGCCAAAAUAUAAGGAACACCUUUCAAUAUAGCACAUUCAAGAACACCACCACCACCUACUGUUUCCUCAAUAGUAAAGUCCAAUAAUCACCUGUCUAGUCGUGUCAACAAACAAAGAGACAGUAGACAUCUAGACAGACAGUAAAGCUGUUGCAUUGAUUGCAUAUUAGAUUGCCAGGGUGUUCAUAAUGUUGUGAUUGGUUGUUGUAUUUAACUAGCCUUGAAAACAGUUUGUCUUUACUCCUCUUCCUGCAGGAUUUGUUGUGGGUCAAGCAGGCCUCUACCAGUCUAUUGCCAUGUUCCUUGUGGCCUACUUCAUCAUCACCAUGACAGUGCUUUCUGUGUGCGCUGUGUCCACCAAUGGAGCUCUGGACGCUGGAGGUGCCUAUUGUAUCCUUAAUGCUUGUAGCCUAGCCAGUGGCUGUCCAUGUUAGUCUGACUUGUGGAUGUUUUCCUUCUUUGUAUAAAUCUGUAUUUUUAGGGGGUUUAUAAACACCCAUUGCAAGAGAGAGACCAUAUCCGAUUGUAGAUGGUUUUAAUUUCCUCAGCUUGGAUAUCAAGACAUGAUCAGCCGAGCUCUUGGUCCAGAGUUUGGCGGCAGCAUUGGGAUCAUGUUUUUUUUUGCCAAUGUGUGUGGCAGUGCUCUUUAUAUUUUGGGUCUAGUCGAGGCUGUCCUGUCUGCAUUUGGCACCCCAGAAGGUAUGGUCUAUCUGAAUGAUGUGAAAAACUAAAAAGCGUAUUGCUUUAUUUUAACUCUGUUCAACUGUCCAACAGAGGGAGCUGCAGGCCCGCAUGAGGUGUUGCCCUCAGGAUACUGGUGGUCUCUACUUUACGGCACCGGCCUACUCUUCUUGUGUCUCAUUGUUUGCUUAGUAAGUUUUCAUUUUCAAUUUUUUUUUUAUCAUAAAAUUGAGAUACACUCAGACUGCUUUAAAAGUGUUCAAACUACACAGAAGGUGAUAAUAGUUGUUUUUUUACGAUGUAUUCAGAGUCUGGGGGGAUCUGUUUGUAUACUCUGCCAGUCGUUACUUAACUUGCCUCUCAUUACAGGUGGGGGCCCACAUCUAUGCCAAAGCCACCUUUGUUAUCCUCAUCAUAGUUGCAGCAGUCCUGACUUCUGUUUUCACCAGUUUUUUCAUUGUGGGGCCCACUGUGGUGAUUUUGCCUGAUGCAUCUGCUCUAAACAGCAGUAGUCGUAAUGCAGCCAAUUACACUGGCUUCAAGCUGCACACACUGGAGGAUAACUUACUGCGUAAGUGUUCGACAUGAUUCAAGAUGUGAGGGAUAAACCAACUGAGAGCUCUAUAUUUGCUCUAAUUUUACGAUAUAAGGUUUCUGGCCAUUUAAGCCAUGCUGUGUUCAAACGUUGUCCCACAUAUGUAAGAAUGGUCAAGCUUUCUCUCUGUCUGCAGCCGGUUAUACCGUGGACUACACCACUGGCACCAUGAUGAGCUUCACCACUGUGUUUGCUGUCAUGUUCAACGGCUGUACUGGAAUCAUGGCAGGCUCAAACAUGUCAGGUGAGACAGCUUGACGGCAAAUUAUGGAUUUCUUCGUUGGACGUGUUUCAUUAAAGAAAGAAAAGAUGCUGUUGCGUUGUGCAAGUUAAGUAGCAGGAUUUUUCAACUGUCACGAUACACCAAGCCCAUGAGGGUGCGUCCCUCUGAGAGCACAGACACUAAGCUGAAUCUUAAUUCUUAUUCUCCAAUUAUGACUGCACAUUCAAUCAUUAAACAGCAGGAGGCACUCUUCGUGUCUGAAUGACGUCCAAAAAUAGCAGUCACAUUUAUCACCAAGAUGUGACACAAGUUUACUGCUAAGUUUUGAUAUUUUAUUCCAAAAUGAUUGGUGGUUUAUUUUUCUGCUGUCCUUGAAUCAUCAGCCUAUCAAUGCAACUGAAAACAUUUUGUUUUCUACUAAAUUCAGAAUUCAUUAUAGAGAAACUUGUAAAUAAUGCAAAAUUUCUGCAUAACUUUUGGAUUAAAGAGAACUUAAAAUUGUUUAACUCCUAUAAAUACAACAUGAAACAAUGGAGCAGUUUACACAGGGCGCUUAUAGACACUGGGAGUUGGGAGUAAAGGGUGCACCAAUUUUUCUCUAUAUCUGAGCAAGAGGAGUAGAACUGUGGUGCAGCUUUUGCAGGAUGAAGCUAUUGAGUUAAGAAGCUUCAUCUUUAGACAACAGGAGAGGGGCGAUUUUUGACUGAAAAUCAAUCUUGUAUAGAUUUUGUUUUUGUUCAAGGGGAAACAUUUUUGUCAUGUCGUUUCCAGGUGACUUGAAAAACCCCAGCUACUCCAUCCCCAGAGGAACGCUAGCAGCUGUAAUUACAACUUUUAUCACAUACAACCUGCUUUGUGUGCUAUCUUCGUGGACCUGUGAGCGGUAAGACACAAAAACAGACGCAAAUCAAAUGCUGAGAAAGUACUUGUUGCUAUCUGUUACAGCCACACACACACACUAAGCACUUUUACUUCUCAGAUUUGUACAAGUCAAGUGACCCAAAUAAAUACUGUGGCUCUCAUGUCAAGCACUUUGUUGAUUUCUUUUGCCUCAGUCACCUUCUUCAAAGAGACUACAGUUUCCUUGGAGACAUAAAUGUUUGGCCACCUAUGGUGACCAUCGGGAUCUACUCCUCCACCAUGUCGGCAGCCAUGAGUAACCUUAUAGGAGCCUCCAGAAUCCUGUAUGCUCUGUCCAAAGACAACCUGUUUGGUGAGAUCUAUGAGCAUGUAUCAUACUGUGCAGUCUUCGCUUUUGUUUUCUUCCUGGAGUUUUACAGAAACAAGAGCAGAAAAAUUUAGAGACUUUUACAGCCUUCGACCACCUCUCUAGUGAGGGAGGAUUGGUCAAAUUUAGCUCAAAUUUAGGUUGUGGUCAGGGCAAAAUAGUUGAUCCAGACUAUAUGAAAGCAUUCCUAACUCCAGCUGGUCUUCUGUAAAGCUGAGUCAACAUUUCAAUAAUCAGCCAUCUGCUUUAAAGAGGCCUCCAUAUCAAAUGUGAGAAAUUGCCACUUGUUAUUAAUUUCAUCAUGUCUCGUUUUUCUAGCGCAGGCCUGUUAAUUUGGAAAGCAUCGUUUGACAACAGAUGGCUCAAAGUGCCGACUUUCUCAGAAGAAACAAAAUCCUCUCAUUGUGUUUUUGGCUUACGGACCAGAGCACAAUGACUCAGUUGUUUAUCGAACUUAGGGUUUGAGCAAUAACAGACAGAGUGAUUCUGCUUUAGUGAAUGCUAUCAAUCUCUACAGGUGGUGUCCUGGCUCUGGCAAGGAAAACAUCUCGCAGUGGGAACCCCUGGGCCUCUGUGCUUGUGUCGUGGUUGCUUGUACAGGUAGGAAAGAUCUUUGCUAAAUGUCGUAAUUUUACCCCCAAAAUGUAUGAAAAAUGUUCCCAAAGCCCCAUCCUUUACUGGUUUAAUUUGUUGCCCCUAAUGUUUGACAAAUUUUUUAUGCACUAAUGCACAAUUUCUGCUUUCCAUCACCUUUCAUUGAUCUCUGAUUAUGAGUAUGCAGCAGCGAAGGGCAGCAGUUUGACUUUCAAUUGAAGUUGAACAACAGGAGAUAAAUCAUCUUAAUUGAGUAGUUAGCAGUUAUUUGAGAAACCAUGAGGAUGAAGUGGGCAGAGUUUGUAAGCGUGUUGAUUGGAGAAAAACAUCUGCGUGUCCUGGGGUGAAGGUAAAAGUAAAUGUAGAGGCAGAUUCAUUAACAGUAGGCCAUCUUAAUAGAGAGAUGGGUUCGGAUGAAGGAUGUUUCACCUUCCAAAAUAAAUCAUUCAUCAUCCAAGACUCUGUUAAACAAAAGUCAAAUGAAGAGCACUGAAAUCUGGAGGUCCUUUCAGACUUGUAAGAGACCUCCUCAUUUAAGCAUAAUUGUACCAAGCAUCAUUAUAUUCAGUAGAUAGCAAGGUUGUAUUUUUUUGAAGAUUUGUAUGUAUCAAAAUGUUGGGUGUACCUUACAGGUUAUGUUUUAUGAAUCAAGGGCAUCCAAUGUUUUAAAACUAUUCCAUCAGUCUACUUAUAAAGAGCGAUACAUAUUGAUCAAGUCUAGGGUAAUGCUUGUGCAAAAGUCAGCACACUUUUAUUGCAAUAAUGGUCACUUAUUAAAAUAUUUCUUUCAGUGUAAAACGUGUAUCUCACCUUGUAUGUGUUGUAAACAAAUAUAAAAUUCCAAAUUUUGACAUGAUUGAUUAACAAAAGCAAUAAUUAUGUUUAUAAUAGUCACUUUUCUGCACUAGGGCUUAAUAACAUGAAGUGAAUUUUGUAGUUUUCAAAUACUGUAUUUCCUUCAAGGGUGUUUUAAAUGUUGCAUAUACCUAUUGUUUUCUUUCUGUCCCACUAGGUGGUGCUGUUUGCUGGUAAAUUAAACACCAUUGCCGGUAUUGUGACCAUCUUCUUCCUGUUGGUCUAUGCAGCUGUGAACCUGGCCUGUUUGGCUCUUGAGUGGGCUUCAGCACCAAACUUCAGGUACAGAUUUUUUUUUUAAUUUCAUUUGCAUGUUCAGGAUUAAGACGACCAUCAUCAUCUGUAAUCUGUCAUUUUCUUUCAUUGCUUUUCAUUUAGACCCUCAUUCCGUUGUUUUACCUGGCACACCUGCGCUCUAGGCAUUCUCGGAUGCCUGGUCAUGAUGUUUUUGAUCAAUGCCAUAUAUGCGUUUGCCAGCAUUGCUUUCAUGCUGCUGCUGUUAAUGCUUAUCCACUACCUCGGUCCCAUGAGCAACUGGGGCUACAUAAGCCAGGCUCUCAUCUUCCACCAGGUGCUCAGUCCAACACAAGCCAUCUUUCUCACAUAAAGCAGCAAUAUAGUGAAAGUUUAAAUAAAUAACAACAUUGUAUUAUUUUUCUGUUUUACUUUUUUUUUUUUUUACUCAGGUGCGCAAGUACCUGUUGAGGUUGGAUGUUCGUAAGGAUCAUGUGAAAUUUUGGCGGCCCCAACUGCUGUUGAUGGUGGCAAACCCUCGCAGUUGUACAAGUCUUAUGACUUUUAUAAAUGAUCUGAAGAAGAGUGGUCUCUAUGUGCUGGGACAUGUAAAACUGGGCGUCUUGGGUAAGAAGUAUGUGGGUCGAAGACUUAAAGGGAUAUUCUGGCGUAAAAUUAAUUUAGGGUCAAACCCACUGUAACACCGAGUUAGACACUCCCUUCAAGAGAUGAAUGUUGCUGACCGCUUGCUUCUCUAGUUAUACCAACUUUAGUAACAGCCGCACGAUAGCAAUAAACAGCGGUCUGAGGAGCCAUAAACAAACCUCAACCAAAACGCCACUCUAUAGCCACAAAUAAUGCUCAGAACAGCACCUAACUUCAUCAACAGUACAUAUAGGGUCCUAGCUAUAGUACUAGCCAUCAAACAUCAUUUUAACUUUGCCAAAUUUCUUUAGCAAAGAGACUAAACACAACUCACCUACUCUCUUCCAGCAGCCGCUUGUUUGUAGCAAGACCUCAGGGAGUCCAUUAUGGACUGCUGCGAGGUGACGCAGCUCAAGGAAGAACAUUUAUGAUCAUUUCUUCAUCAUAUCCUUGAAGUAAUAAUCACCAUAUUAAUCAUUUUUCACUGCAGACAUGGUAGUUCUUUUGCCUUAUCGUCUCGGUCUGAUUGCAUUUUCAUGAAGAAAUGAUCUCUCUUUAUGCUGGAAUAUUUCUUUAACUAUAUAUGUCUCUGAUUUAAAAUAGUCAAACUAAAAUAAACAAAAGUCAAAGUUGGAAAUUAAAGAAAAAAAAUACAGGCAAUUGUUAAGAAGAAAUGUGAAGACAGUCUUUUACACACCUUUUGACAUUUUGUUCGUCUCUGUGCGUGACUCUGCAGAUGGGUUGCCCUCUGAUCCUCUACAGAGCCGUUAUGACUCCUGGCUGUCUCUGGUGGACCAUCUAAACAUCAAAGCGUUCGUCAACCUCACCCUGGCUGACUCAGUGCGACACGGCGUUCAGAACCUGCUUUUUAUCACAGGCUUCGGUAAAAGUGUUUAUUUUUUUACUUUUUUUUUUUCUCUUUAAUUAUGAUUAUGACUGCUCUUUUCUAAAGCCCAUCUGUUUGCAUAAAGGUGGAAUGAGGCCAAACACCCUUGUAUUGGGUUUCUAUGAUGACUGCACUCCUGAAGACCACCUCCAAGGUAAAGUUCUUCAGUCUGCAGGCCACAGGUUAGAUGUAGUUAGUCCAUCAACAGACCCGGGCGAGCAAAGGACGCCCUUCUUUCCCAGCGUCCGGGGUGCUGGCGAUCUAAAAGACCUACAGGAAGAGGAGUAUGUGUCGGUCAUUGCUGAUGCUGUAAAAAUGGGGAAGAAUGUGACAUUAGCUCGUAACUUCAGUCAGUUCAAACGUGAAGAGGUAUUGGCAUCAGGAAGAAAAAUUCGAGGCAAACAAAACAAGAAAGCGCCAUUUGUUGACGUGUGGCCUCUGAAUCUACUUCGACCUGACAGCUGCAGAUAUGUCGACACCUGCUCGCUGUUCCUGUUACAGCUGGCCUGUGUGCUUCAAGAAACCCGUGCAUGGAGCCAGGCAAAACUCCGCCUCUACCUGUGCGUGGAAGAUGGUUGCAGUCUAAAGGAAGAAGAGGAGACCAAGUUACGGGCAAUGCUAAGGGAGCUGAGGAUCUCUGCUCAGGUGCAGAUGGUCGUGUGGGACCAGGUGGUGGCGCUACACUGGCAGAGACGAGGACAAAAAAAAGAAGGGGAUAUGAUAGGGUCUGCACAGAAUGAAGACGUGGGACGGGAAGGGGAUGCCCCAGAAGAGUCUGGUAUCCAGAAGUUUCCCAACAAUGCUGCUCAGCUGACGGACGAAUACAUCUGUGCUGUCAACAACCUGAUUCGCAAACACGGUGCUCCUCAGCCUGCUGUGCGUUUCCUGUACCUGCCGCGCCCCCCAGCAGACACGAACCGUUACCGCGACUACCUGCACCACCUGGACCUGUUGAGUCGAGACCUGGGCCCAACAUUGUUGAUCCAUGGUGUCACACCAGUAGUCACAACUGACCUCUAGAAUGUAACCACCUCCUGAUCUGAUUUGUUCAUGCACUCAUCUCUGUUACUCACUGGUGUCUAAAUUCAUCCAGGCCUGACACCUCAGGAAACCAGAUCUAUACUUGAACCAUUCCUCCAUCUGAAUAAUACAGUUACACAUGUCACCUGUCCCUCUGUGUGAAAACAAUUUUGAUUGAUAACUUUAGAUUCACCUCCACUGCAUGUUAACAAGUAGCUGUAAAUCAUCACACUGAUUAACUGGCGUAUGUCUUUUUACAUGUUAUUAGAAAAUAAAAUGAAUUAUUUGUUGUAUGACUCUAAAAUGUUUGGUAACUAUUUUCAACACUCGAGUAGAGAGACCUUUUGGUAUUGUGUAGAACGGUUCUGAAAUACAGUAUAUCUAUCCAUUUUUCCCUUUAGCGCAGCAGUGAGGUUCUUCCGAUGCACACC